AGCAACGCAAUGCAUGUUGGGACUUUAGGACACGGAAGCUGUGGAGGAUACUGUGUUGUACUGGAAAUAGACGGUAUAGUUUGUAUUAUACAGAUAAAAAUACGUAACAAUGGUGAAUGCUUGUUGUGUAAUUAACUGCCAUAAUCGCACUCACGACUGGCGUGGAAACCAUAUUUCAAAUGGAGUCCGAUUUUCAGCUUUCCCACCUGGAAACAACACAUUGGAUCUCAGGUCUCCCAGUUAACAAAGCGGCGUCGCAUGGCAUGGGUAGCAGCAGUAAGAAAGAAAAACAUCACCUUCAACAACAUUCCCCAACACAUGUUUGUUUGUUCACGGCAUUUUCACAAAGGCAAACCAGCCUAUGAAAUGCUAGAGUGUGAUCCUGACUGGGUACCAUCAUUACAUCUUGGGCACACAGAAGUUAAAGCAACGCACUCUGGGCGGUUUAACCGGAGAACACAGAGACAGCAAGAUGUCACAGGAACUAACGCUGCACCUGCACCACUUGAUCUAGCUGGCCAGAGACCGGAGAUGGAUGAAGCUGCAACACCAGAUGGUGCUUCACAGAUGGAUGACACUGGUUCAAAAGACAACACUGCAGAACAGCAGGAAUGUCUUUUUUGUAGCUGCAGGCAUGCCGAAAUUAACCGCUUGUUUAAGGAGAACAGGAGACUGAAGGAAGAGCUCUCUCAAAAGAAGAUUGAUGAGGAUUUUUUAAAAGAUGAUGACGUGAAGGUCAGGUACUACACUGGGCUUCCAUGUUUUGCGGUUCUGAUGGGUAUGCUGACACAGCUUCUUCCCUGCCUGCCACAGACCGGCCGAAAACUUUCACCUUUUCAGAUGCUCCUCUCAACUCUGAUGCGCCUGAGGCUGAAUCUGCUGUGCACCUCUUGCCCUCGCAGAAUCCAAUACUGUCUUCUCAACUCUGCUAAGACCCUUUCCAGUCCAGGAUGGAGAAGGGAAGCAUCAUUGUCCUUUAAUCAGAAGCUUAGUCAGUUUGUAGUGGGGAUCAAGCAAGAUAGGAUGUAUGGCAUCCAUCUCUAUAUCCUUAGCAUGACGCAGUCUCCAUCCAAACCUGAUAGUGCCAUUAAUUUUGUCAUAUUCAGGAAGCUAAUCUGCUGUUUGAUGGUAGUGGUAGAUCUGAGGCUAGAGCCUUAA